GCCGAGGUUAUAAAUGCACGGGCCAGAGCCAGGCCCCACAGGAGCAGCCGCCCAGGGCACCGGAGCCGUGGGCCACAAGGCCGGGAUGAGCGCCAGCGCGGGCGGCAGUGGCGGCGGAGGCGACAGUGGCGGCAGCAGCAGCAGCUCACAAGCCUCCUGUGGGCCCGAGUCCUCAGGCUCUGAACUAGCCCCAGCUACACCAGCACCUCCAAUGCUUCAGGGACUCCUGGGCUCUGAUGACGAGGAACAGGAAGACCCCAAGGACUAUUGCAAGGGUGGCUACUACCCAGUGAAGAUUGGUGACCUGUUCAAUGGGCGGUACCACGUGGUGCGAAAACUGGGCUGGGGCCACUUCUCUACCGUCUGGCUCUGCUGGGAUAUCCAGCGCAAGCGCUUCGUAGCCCUGAAAGUAGUGAAGAGUGCUGGGCACUACACUGAGACAGCUGUGGAUGAGAUCAAGCUCCUGAAAUGUGUCCGGGACAGUGACCCCAGUGACCCCAAAAGAGAAACCAUCGUUCAGCUCAUUGAUGACUUCAGGAUCUCAGGGGUGAAUGGAGUCCAUGUGUGCAUGGUGCUGGAGGUCCUGGGCCACCAGCUCCUCAAAUGGAUCAUCAAGUCCAACUACCAGGGUCUGCCUGUGCCCUGUGUGAAGAGCAUUGUGAGGCAGGUGCUGCAUGGCUUAGACUACCUCCACACCAAAUGUAAGAUCAUCCACACGGACAUCAAGCCUGAAAACAUCCUGCUGUGUGUGGGUGAUGCCUACAUCAGGCGCCUGGCAGCAGAGGCCACAGAGUGGCAGCAGUCAGGGGCCCCACCCCCAUCCCGCUCCACAGUCAGCACUGCCCCCCAGGAGGUCUUGACUGGUAAGCUGUCCAAAAAUAAGAGGAAGAAGAUGAGGCGCAAGCGGAAACAGCAGAAGCGGCUGCUGGAGGAGCGGCUGCGAGACCUGCAGAGGCUGGAGGCCAUGGAGGCUGCAGCCCAGGCUGAGGAUUCUGGAUCGAGACUAGAGGGGGGCAGCGGCUCUACCUCUUCCUCAGGCUGCCAUCCUGGGGGCACCAGGGCUGGCCCCUCCCCAGCCUCCAUCUCCCCUGCCCCUGGGGGUGACCGCAGUCUCAGCCCCAGCUCGCAGACCUCUGGCUUCUCAGGCUCCCUGUUCUCGCCGGCCUCCUGCUCCAUCCUUUCAGGCUCGUCCAAUCAGCGUGAAACAGGGGGACUCUUGUCACCCAGCACACCAUUUGGUGCCUCAAACCUCCUGGUGAACCCCCUGGAGCCCCAAAAUGCAGACAAGAUCAAGAUCAAGAUUGCAGAUCUGGGCAAUGCCUGCUGGGUGCACAAGCACUUCACUGAGGACAUCCAAACUCGGCAGUACCGGGCUGUGGAGGUACUGAUCGGUGCUGAGUAUGGGCCCCCAGCAGACAUCUGGAGCACAGCAUGCAUGGCCUUCGAGCUGGCCACUGGUGACUACCUGUUUGAGCCUCAUUCAGGAGAAGACUACAGUCGUGAUGAGGACCACAUUGCUCAUAUCGUGGAGCUUCUGGGUGACAUCCCCCCAGCCUUUGCUCUGUCAGGCCGUUACUCUCGAGAGUUCUUCAACCGAAGAGGAGAGCUGCGACACAUCCACAAUCUCAAGCACUGGGGUCUGUAUGAGGUGCUCAUGGAGAAGUAUGAAUGGCCCCUGGAACAGGCAACACAGUUCAGCGCCUUCCUGCUGCCCAUGAUGGAGUACAUCCCUGAAAAGCGGGCCAGUGCCGCCGACUGCCUCCAGCAUCCCUGGCUCAACCCCUAGGUCCUACUGUAGCUGUAGGCAGCAGGGGGUUGGGCCUGGCUCUGCCCCUAGCUCUCAGUGCCUUAAGGGAAAGUGGGGUGACUCUCACCACCCUGUAGGAGCUACCCUCUCCUACCCUGCUGAAUGCCAGCUUUUUUACCCACCCAUGGCAGGAGAGACAAAUGCUGGGGCCAGGCCCAUGUCUCAGAACUUCUCUGCCCACAAUUCUCCUGGAAGAUCCUCUGGUGGGAAAGUAUGUGUUUCUUUCUUAAUAAAGCGUGAACAGAAAUACCAGUA